GACCGGGGGUUUCGUUUAAGGGUUAAGGGACUGGAAUCCAAUCUAAGGGUCUCUUUGGAUCUAGCUUUGAUCUGGUUUUAAUUUUAAUUUGAUCGAUUCGGCAUAGUUUUAAUUAAACCUAAAGUUUUUUUUUUUAUUAAAUGAUUUUGGUUUUGAUAAUUUAGAUUUAACUGAUUUUGGUUCUAAAUUAGACUGGUCCAAUUCUAAUUCAAAGCCGGACUGCCGCCAAGGGUCCCAGAGAGGAAUAUGCUGGGAAGAUUCUGCUGUAACUCAUUGACCUCUUCAAAUUUAUAUUGUUCAAAGGCUCAAAUUGGUGGUUACAACACAUAAGAGCUACAUUUAGACAUCUGCCUGUGCCCGGUAGAAAAUAGAAAUGGCUGCAAGUGUAAGUCUGUUUGGAUAUUGGGCGAGUCCUUUCACCCUCAGAAUCAAGUGGGCUUUGAAACUUAAAGGAAUUCAAUAUGAGUAUAUCGAAGAGGAUCUACCAAACAAGAGUCCCCUGCUGCUGCAAUACAACCCUGUUCAUAAAAAAAUUCCUGUCCUUGUACAUGAAGGCAAACCCUUGGCAGAGUCUUUGGUGAUCAUGGAAUACAUUGAUGAGGUGUGGAAGGAAAGUCCUCUUCUCCCACAAGAUCCUUACGGUAGGGCAAAAGCACGCUUCUGGUCGAAUUUUGCAGAUGACAAGUGUGUGCCAUCGGUCAUGCGAACAUUUGUGGCAGAAGGAGAGGAUAAAGAGAAAGCAGCAGAAGAAGCUAGGGAGCAUCUCAAAACUCUGGAGAGUGGCCUUGAGGGGAAGCAACUCUUUGGAGGUGAAAAAAUAAACUUUGUGGACGUUGCCGUUGGCUGGAUUGGAAUAUGGGCUCGUAUAGUUGAGAAAAUAGCAGAUGUGAACCUGAUUGAUGCAAAGACCAUGCCUCUGCUUGAUGCUUGGUUUGCCAAGUUUUUGGAACUCCCAACUAUUAAAGAAUGUGUGCCUCCAUGGGAUAAAUUGCUAGAGCACAACAGGGGCUUCCGCAACAUAUUGACUUAUGCAGCAACUUGAAGCCUUUCUCAGCAGUUGUAGCUGCACUUGCCUUAUUGGCUGCCUGCAUAUUAUGAUGUUCUAUAAUCUGGACUGUUGAUUCAUGUAGAUCCCGAGUUUAUGAAAUAGUUAGAACUAACGGCCUUGUACCUCUCUUGUAAUUGGUCUUCUGACAAGAAAACCAUAAAACUUUGUAAGGGAAUGGUCAAAGACAAUGGUAUUAUUAUUAUUAUUACUAUUA